GUCUGCUGGUUGUUGUUUGCUGCUGCCGGCUUUUGACCGCUGCCUGCCUGCUCCCUUAUCUUUCCCCCUCACUUUCCCUUCGUCUCUUUUCUCUUUUCUCUUUUUUUUCCCUAGCCACUUUUCCAGCCCGACGGCUUCCUACACAACAACACACACACACACACACACACACACGUACGCACGCGCCAAUAGCCAAAAUCCGACAUGAUGGCACCAUACACACGUGCCUGGGCCUUUUGGCUCUUCGUUCUGCUUAGCCCCAUCGUGACUGCAUGGUCGUGGGGGAAUGCCAGGGCCGACACGCAAAAAAGCGCAAGGCGUACCAUUUGUGAUCUGCACUACAAGGUGCAAAUCCAAUCGCCUACAGCCCACCCCGUCACCUUGUACGGGGUGCUCGGGCUUGACCCAUUCGCUGCCCCCUUCUACCCGCCGCAUGAGGCCGGGGGCGUGCACUUGCCAAGCUACGAGACCAUGCGGCGCAGCCUAUUCGACACCGUCGCCGCGCAGCUACGGUUCCGCAACCUCCACCGGAGAGAAUAUGGAAGAACCCCCGGGGAGUUGAUUCGGGUGUGGCUGGCAAGCGAUCCCAAGCACUUACAACGCUACCUCGCCCAGCCCGAUACCCUGAACAUGCGCGGCCCGGGAACUGUGUCAUACCACCGGGCCAGCGUCUGGGUGCUACGCGCCGAGGCGGCGUUGGUCCUGCUUGACGACAACUUGCGCGACGUCUACUCCCGGGUUUUUAUUCCGGCCCUGCUUCCGACGGAGCCGUACGACGGCAAGGCCACAAGCAUGCUCAUGCGGAUGAAGUCGGGGGCUGCGAAGCUAUUUAGCCCGCGCGCCCAGCGGACUCAAGCCGGGCUGGGGCGGUUGCAGAUGCUCCAGGCGCUGGAUAACAUUUGCGCUCCCACGGGCACCCACUUCAAGAUGUUUUAUUGACCGAGGGCAGGGUUUAACUCCGGGUAUUGUCGUUGGUCGUUGUUGGUUGUUGGUUGUCGUCGGUCUGUCGUCGGUCUUGUCGUGAUUUUUAUUUGUAUUUGCCGGCGAUAAACCAAAUAGAGGAUACAUGCUUUGCUUGCUUUACAUGCUUCGAUUCUCGCAUUUCUUUGGACUUUGGCAUGUGUUCUCAGGAGCAUCAUCACCUAAGCGCGGUCUAAUCUGCAACACGAAGAGCAUGAUUCCUGGCGCCGACUCGCGUCCCAGCUGACAAAGCGGCCCCGUGAUACCAAUUCCAGAUGCAGCAACUGAUAGGUGACAGUGACGGCGGCGCUCAACAUGCAUGCCUAAUAAGAAUGUGGAA